UUAGUGUGGUAGCUUCGAGCUAUGUUCGGCAACAUAAUGAAUAAAAAAGCAAGCCUUUUUAUAAUAAUUUCGUUUUUAUUGAUUUUGAAGAGUUCUAGUACAGAAUCAAAUAAUAACGACACAUCUAUAGAAAAAAGUAUAAAAGAAAAGAAAGCUACCGAUGUUAUGCAAAGCACAGUUUGUAAAAAAUGCGUUUGUGAUAUUGAAAACAAACUUCUUGAUUGCUCACAAAAGUUAAAUAAUACUCAAUGGUUUUCUAAGGAAGAAUGGAAAAUUCUACAAGAUGAUAAAAUAAUUUUUGAAACGAUCAAGAUUGAUCAUAACAAUCUAACAGAAAUAACUGCAAUACCAUCCUAUGGUGUUAAAAACUUAUAUUUGAGCAAUAAUCAGAUAACGUCGAUUGCACUCGGAGCAUUUCAGAACUUAACAGAGCUUGCAAAACUUGAUUUGAGUAACAACAAACUAUCCGCAAACGAUUUAAAACCCGAUGUUUUUAAGGGAAAAUAUUCUGAACACGAUUUUCUGCCUAUGAAGAACCUUAAAUUUCUUAAUCUAGGAUGUAAUCUACUACACACUUUAAAUGCUGAUUUAUUUGAACAUGUUCCAAAUCUUGAAGAGCUGGUUUUGUGUUCAAAUACAUUCACAGCUAUAGAUAGAAGUACGGAAGCUGCAGUAUCGGGACUUUUGGAAUUAAAAGUUCUUGAUAUCUCAUACAUGAAAGUUAUGACUUUACCUGAAACAAUUUUCCACGGUCCACAAAAACUGGAAGAUCUGAUAGCAUCAGGAAAUCUUUUCAUUGAACUACCAAAGGCCCUUUCAUUUGCAGUUAAUUUGAAACGACUUGUAUUAGAUGAAAACCCCAUUCAAAAUUUGGAAGCAAAAAAUGUCUUUCCAACAUUGAGAAAACUACAAUACCUCAGUAUAGCAUAUAUGCCUGAUAUUUAUAAAAUUGGACCUGGAGCUUUUAAAGAGCUACAGAAUUUAAAGGAAUUGAUUUUAAGUGACAACCAAAUGCUUUCUGAAAUUGAUGAACAAGCAUUUUGUAAAAAUGUUACUGGUGGUGAAUAUUUGGAUUACCCCCCAUUGGAAAAGUUGUAUUUGAGAAACUGCAAAUUGACUAAGCUGCCACAGAAAUUAAUUCGUAGAUGGGACAAACUUAACGUGCUGGAUCUACGGAUGAACCCAUGGACAUGUGAUAGUUCAAACGAAUAUAUGAUUAACUAUUUAAUGAAACAAGUUAACAAAUCAACUCCAAAAUUAGCAGGCAAUGUUAAAUGUGAAUUUCCAGAAAAGCUCAAAGGACUUGAAGCUUUACAACUUUCUAAUGAGAAAUUAAUUGACUCCUCGGCCUCUGAUGGCUUGAUUUGGAUUAGUCUCAUGAUUUUCAUUUUAUUAGCAAUACCGAUCAUAUUGGCUGGCAUAGUUUUACAUAAACGUGGCUUUUUCCGAUGGCAUAAGAAGAACGAUGUAUCUAAUAGGGCUUUGUAUAGCCGAGCUAGUUUUAAUGAAGAUGUUCACAUUUAAGAAAUGUUUUUUUAUUAUUAUAAUUUAACAAGUUUACAUGAGUAAAAGCAUAUAUCAUAUUGUAACUUGAUAAAUUUAGAGUCAAUAAGGAAAGUUAAUGCUAUAGUUUAUAGGAGUAUAUAGUUCAACUGUGAAAUUUCCAGACCCCAAUUAAAUUAAAAAAUUUUCUUACACUCAGCCUAUGUGCGUUCAAUGCCAACGAACUCAAGUACCAUUCUGUCACGGGCUCUAAUCCCGUACAUUUUAUAAAGCGGAAUAUCGUAAUAAAUAAAU